UACGUCCACGUGGAACUCGAACCCAUGCAAGCCGUCGAUUCGAUGCCCUUGGCCUUUCAAACCAUUCUCUCAGCAAGAACUUGGCUAGAAACCCUUCAAAGCCUUCAGCCUUUUCUGUGUAAAAUUCUCAAUUGCGCUUCGAAAGCUUCUGUUGAGUUUUGCUUAUGGCAAAAAGAAGAGACAAGAAACUGAAAGACAAAGGGAAGAUUAGAAGUGGGCCAGAUGCUGACAAAAAGAUGAAGAGGAAGAAGAAGAAGGUUUCAAAGGUUAAGGCAAUUAAUGCUGUCCCUCCUGCUCCUGUCUCUCUGUCGGACCCUCCUCAAGUUGAUGCUUCUUCUCCUGCCACUAAUGGCAGUAGAGCUGCUUCAGGGGGAAAAGAGAAGGCGAAGAACAAACUGGAGAAACUUUCUGGUUUUAUUUUUAUGUGUAAUGGGAAAACAAAGCCCGAGUGCUUUCGAUACCGUGUUUUUGGGCUUCCUGCUGGAGCAAGGGCAGAUGUAGAGAAGAUAAAGCAAGGCAUGAAACUUUUUCUGUUCGAUGUUGAGUUGAAGCUUCUCUAUGGUGUGUACAUGGCAACUUGUCGUGGACAAAUGAACUUGGAAUCUUCUGCUUUUGGAGGAAAAUUUCCAGCCCAGGUGAAUUUCGCAAUUCAUAAAGACUGUCUUCCCCUGCAUGAGAGAGUUUUCAAAUAUGCUAUAAAGGAUAACUAUCAGGGCUCCAAAUUUAAAUCAGAACUCAGUCACCGGCAAGUAAAAGAUCUAUUAUCAUUGUUUCGUCCAUGUGCUGCAUUAACAGCAGCACCUGUGGCCCCAGUGCCAGAGGUGGCCCCACCACAGCCAAUACGGUCUUCAGCAUUGGAGAAUCAAUUCCAGAACUCAGUGAGGCUGCCUCCACAGGAUCCGUAUCUAGCCGGUAUGCAACAUGGUUAUGCAGACAAUCAAUUCCGGCCCUCUGCAAGGCUGCCUCCACCGGAUCCACAUCUAGCUGGAACGCAAAAUGUUCACACAGCACUGAUGAUUGAGCCUCAUCGUGCUCAACAAAGGCUGCUAAGCUCACAACAUGAUUUGUAUGGAACUGUGAGAACCAUGGACCAUGCGUAUCCUUCUUUGGAGCAUCAAAGCCUGCCUGCUUCAAAUGAUUCAUAUUACUUCGCGGAAAAUCGACAGCCAUACUUAGGUGAAGAUACUGCCCUGAUUACACAGGACCAAUAUCCCAGGGCCGUGCAGGAGAUGGUCCCCAGUGACCAACUCGUUGGCUUGGAGAGAGAAUAUUAUCGAUUGCCCUUGCCGAGGGAGAGAGAAUUUGAUCUGCAGCGGGACAAUGUUGCUGGAUACUACAACACCUAUCCGAUGCCUGCAGCCCCCCAUGGCCCACCUGCCACCAGAUACUACAACACCUACCCAAUGCCUGCAACCUCUCACGGUCCACCUGUUGCUGGAUACUACAACACCCACCCGAUGCCUGCAACCUCUCACGGUCCACCACCUAUGCACCCAUACGACGGUCAAGUGUCAACAAGGCCUGAGCUGCCUGUGAGGAAUGAUCUUGUCUCCUACUAUUCCUUUGCAGGAGUGAAGCAGGUAUUCCAUUGAUCCCUAGCAGAUAAAGAAUCUCAAAUUUGAUCGAAAGGUUAGCAUUGCUUUGUUUGGUGGAUGUGCCUGGUAAACAUCUUUGAUGUCAAUUUGAACUAUGAAGUUUAACGCGACAAUCUUUGACAACUUUCCGGGUUUUUUUAGGAAUUUUCCAUACUUACAAAUUUAGAGACUUUUCGAAGUUCAAUCUGGUAGAUCAUUUUGAAAUUGCAAGGGUUCUAUUUGGUUGUAAAGUUUUCAGGGAAAUGUAGUAUUACCAACAUAAAGUUGCUGCAUAGCGAUGAAAAGUAAGAGCUCAUGGUCUACCGAACUAUGAGGGUGAGCUUUCCAUACCUGAGUAGAUUGGUGGUGGAAUGGUGGUUAUGUUUUGUUUUA